GAAAUACACAAAAAAAGAUACCCCUCGCAAAAGUUAUUCAAUUUUUCUGCUUUCCGCUUUCUUGCGCCUUUGAGGGUUAUAAGCGAACAAAAACCUGGCUAAGAAGAGGUUGAACUUUUUAAUGCUCUUUGAGGAUUGUAUCAUUAAAGCUAACAAAGAUAUUCGUCCAGUCUGGCCACUUUAACAACUUCCAACUUUUCUCACACCUCAAGGCAGGUGUGGGGUGAAAACGAAGGGGUGAUACUGCUAUGUGUUCUAAGGAGAUCAAAAUCGUCACAUAUUUGGAGAUUGCGCCGUGUGUCUGAAGCAUUAUCUCAUGAUUACGGCUAAGAUCAGCCUGAAAUAAGAAUAUAUAGUUGUUGGUUAAGCUGAUUAGCCUUAAUGUUAGAUGAUAAACAACUUUAAGUAAUACUGAAAGUGAGCAGUUUUGAUGUGAAUUUUGGUUUGUCCUAUCAGAAUGGUUAGAUUUUCCUGCUUCCAUGCUCACAUCCACUCCCAUAAACAAAAGAAAACAGUCCAAAUGUCUGCUGAAGUAAUACAGAAGAGGCUGGAAGGUCAUUCUGAGAAUCAUUCCCUGAAGGAUUUUAGUUAUUGCGAAGCAACCAGUCCACUUCAUUCAAAGAGCGUGAGCAAUGUUUUGGAUAUUUACUCUGGCCAUGUCAUAGAUUCUUCUUCUAAUGGGCAUGGUUGUAAAUCUGAAGAGAUCGAGGAUGAGUACAAAAGUGAAUGCAAUGCAAGUGGUGAUCACAACAAGACUGCUGAUAUUAAAAAAUGUAGAUCUUUAGGUAGUGGGUUGGGAUGGGAAGGAAGGGCAUAUGAUGACUAUGAUUCAGAGGAUUGCAGUCACAGAAGAUUUUCAUUUGACAACUUUCAAGAGGUUCUUCAACCUUCAUCUGUUCAAGUGAGUUCUGGCUCAGCAAACACUGAGUCUAUAUCUUUGGCCGGAGACCAAAAACAGUCUGAGAGAGAAGAAGACGACCACAUGGCACAUACGCCUUGCACUUCAUUAACUGUUGUAAAAUCAACUUCUUUGCCUAACAUGCAUUGCACUGGCCAGAGUUUCACUCCCCUAGUUCCUUCUCCCAGAUCUGCUGAGGAUUUGAUUGUUCUAGAGACAAGAAAGGAGGUUAUGAUGGACAGAGAGAUACAUGUCAAGGAUCAUGAAGAAACAGAGGGCUAUAUUACAAACAUCAUGAACAUAACUGGGGAAGACCGUGUUGGUGAAGUUUAUGACAGUUAUAACUAUGCAGGGUCCGCAAAAGAUUGGAUUCUGCCUGCUUCAGAGAAUAUUAAUGGAAAGUCAUUGUUUUGCCAGUUAAACAAGUUACCAAGCAAAGAUUUUAGGCUAAAGCGAAUUGAGGACUGGGUUACAGAUCUCCAGAAGUGUGGCCCUCCUGAAGAAGAAAUGAAUGAAAUGAGCGCUCAUGAUAAUGGUGAUGAGAAGAUACAUAAGGAGAAAGUAUUCAAUGGCUCACCUUCGGUAAAGCUGGACGAGAAGGUCAAUCCUGGCAUGGAAGCAGUUAACAAAUAUAUCUCUUCUUUGAGUGCUUCAGCGACAUCCGUUCAACUUGUAAACCAUGGUUUGGUUGCUAUACCAUUUCUCGGCACCUUUUUGGGCCUCAAAGCACUUAACUUAUCUGGAAAUGCCAUAGUAAAGGUAACUCCUGGAACUCUCCCUAGGGGGCUUCAUAUUUUGAAUUUAUCACGAAAUAGUAUCUCAACUGUUGAAGGAUUACGAGAGCUCACUCGACUUCGUGUUCUUGACCUGAGCUAUAACCGAAUACAGAGAAUUGGACACGGUCUUGCUUAUUGUUCCUCCCUACGAGAGUUAUACAUAGUGGGUAACAAAAUUAGUGAGAUCGAGGGUCUCCACCGCCUCCUCAAACUGAACGUUUUGGAUUUGAGGUAUAACAAAAUAUCCACACCCAAAUCCCUGGGCCAACUCGCAGCUAAUUACAGCUCGCUCCAAGCUAUCUCUCUGGAAGGCAACCCUGCCCAGAAGAACGUUGGUCAUGAACAACUGAAGAAACACCUGCAGAGUCUUGUCCCACACCUCACAUACUAUAACGGUCAACCCAUCAAGAUUGGAGCAUCUAAGGACACAUCAGACAGGUCUUGUCGGUUAGGGAUUGGGUCCCACCAGGUAGACCGUGGCAUUAAAGCAGAACUCAAAGUCGUGCGGAAGGGUUCCACUGGUGUCUCUUCUUCGUAUAAUAAAGCACCGUCUUCAUCAAUCCAUGGCCGUAAGGCAUCAAAAGGCAGACAUGGACACUUGGUGGGCCCAAGUGUUGCCCGAAGAAGCACACAUCAGCCUCACACCGGUGACCCCAAGAACAGGCUUAUUAUGAGCUUCGGGCCUGAUUCCUCUAUGCGAAGGAGCCACAGUGAGGGAAAUCUUGGUCCUUCCUGAGGUUAUUACUAUUAGUGGUGGAUUAUGUGUUCUGAAAACAAUGUUUGGUUGUCUACUCUUCU